AUGGUGAACCUUAACUUCGCCUACACCGGAUCCAUAAACCCCACCGGCGCCUCCCCUAUACUCACCCAAACCCAAGUCUGGGCAGGCCUGCAGCGCAAAGUCAGGCACGCACAGGAAUUCGUCCCCAUAAUACUAGAGUGCAAGGUCACAUCCGAGGAGGAAGAAACCGCCGAAACAGUUCUGAAGAUCGUGCGUGAGGUGAAGUUCGCGCCUGGCUCGGGCCCAAAAGCCGACGAGGAACAGGUGCGAGAGGUGUGUCUACAUUAUGCGCCGUGCCGGGUCGAUUUCAAGCAGGAAGAUGGGACCACCAUCUCCAAUAUCGUGAGCGAGGGACCGGAUGGAGAGUUGAUGAUGACGUAUGCGUUUGAAUGGCGGCAUCCGGGGAUGAAGGAGGGGAGUGACAAGGGGAAUGAGUUGCUUGAGAAGUAUAAGAAGAUGGCGAAGAUGGCUGUUGAGGGUAGCAUUGAUACUAUUCGUCGUUUAGUUCGCGAGGGGGAAAUUAAGUAA